AUGACAAAGAAGAAGAGCAGCAGCAGCAGCCGCAAGGGGGCCCCCCACAGUCGAGAGGCCCCAGGGGCCCCCAAGAAGGGGCCCCUCACUUCCUCGCCUUCAGACACUGCAAGUGAAGAUGAAGACGAGCAGCUGCAGCAGCAGCAGCGGCAGCAGCGAGCAGCAGCAUCAGCAGCAGCAGCAGCAGCAGCAGCAGCAGCAGCAGCAAGAGAGGGGGACCUGGAGCUCUCUGAUGGUUGUUUAGAUGAGGGAGAUUCUUCUGCAGAUGAAGAGGGCCCAGGGGCCCCCUCUUCAGAAGAAGACGUGUCCUCAAAGAAGCAGCAGCAGCAGAAGCAGCAGCAGCAAGAGAAGCAGCAGCAGCAGCAGCAACAACAGCACACAAAGAUGAGCAGCAAAGACACCGACAGCAGCAGCAAUGUAAUGUUAGAUACAGAAACACACUGGGCAGAUCUACACCUCAGCAGGCCGCUCCUUAAGGCAAGCUUUAGACGCUCUGCAUUAUUCUCAUCCGUCUUUCGUUCAAUCGGCGGCCAUCCCCGCGGCGCUGAGAGGAAGGGACCUCUUAGUAAAUGCACAGACAGGGUCUGGGAAGACUGCAGCCUUUUUGUUGCCUCUCUUGGAGCGUCUUCUGCAAAGUCCGGGGGUGAAGGUUCGCAAGGUGGGCUCACCCUUAGCUAG